GCAAAAACUGUUGGUAGGAAAAGCCUCUGCAUCCUGAACAACCUAAGAGUAUCGGGAGCAGAAAACAUGAAGAUCAUUCUAGUCUUUCUAUUCAUUGCCCCACUUGCUCUUUCAGCUGGAGCUGAGGAGAAUUCCUCCUUGGAUUCUGCAGCAUCUCCUGAGACAAAAUCAAGAUUUGCCAUGUUAGAUGAUGUACGAAUCUUAGCCAACGGACUCCUCCAGCUUGGGCACGGUCUUAAAGACUUUGUCCACAAGACAAAGGGGCAGAUGAAUGACAUCUUUCAAAAACUUUACAUUUUUGAUAGGUCCUUUUAUGAGCUCUCACUGCAAACUAGUGAAAUCAAAGAAGAAGAGGAACAGCUCAGACAAACCACAGCCAGACUGCAAAUCAACAACGAAGAGAUAAAGAAUCUCUCACAGGAGAUGAAUUCGAAGAUUGAAGACCUCAUCCAAAACAAAAUCCAGCUGCAAGAGCAAGUAUGGGGACUGGAAGACAAAGUCACAAAGUUGGCCAUUAUCCAGCCUUCAACGCAAGAGACAGAGGAGAUUUCUUCACUCAAAGCUUUUGUGGAGCAGCAGGACAAUGACAUCAAGCAACUUCUCAAAAUCGUAGAGGACCAGCACGUGGAACUUGACAAACAGCACAAUCAAAUCAUGGAGCUGGAGGACAAGCUCAACCACAUAGAGCUCCAGGAACUCGCUGAGAAUUCCUUCGUGGAGGAGCAAAAGGAACCAGAGGCCACCCCCUUUCUUGUGCGCAACGUCACCGCUGUGAGACAUGGAUCUGAUGGUGCUGCUCCUGACUGUACCGCUCUGUAUAGCAGUGGCAAACACUCCAGUGGUGUUUACACCAUUAAGCCCAAUGGCUCAGAAGCUUUUGAUGUCUACUGUGAAAUGAAAUUUGGCACUUCCUGGACUGUUAUUCAGAAGAGAGUGGAUGGAUCACUGGAUUUCAACCAAAGCUGGGAUGCCUACACAAACGGUUUUGGUGACCUAAAUGAGGAAUUCUGGCUGGGCCUGAACAAGACCUACUCCAUUACCAAGCAAGGGGACUACAUCUUAAGGAUUGAGCUGCAGGACUGGAAGGACAACAGGCGGCACAUCGAGUAUGCCUUCAGCCUGGGGGGCCCUGAAACAGGCUACACCCUCCAGCUCGCACGGGUGUCCGGGAGCAUCCCCAACGCCCUGCCGGAGCGGACGGACCUGCGCUUCUCAACUGCAGACCACGACCUGGACAUAGCAAACGACUUCAACUGCCCAGAAAACUACCUAGGAGGCUGGUGGCACAGUGAAUGUGAGGAAACCAAUCUGAACGGGAAAUAUGUGGCACCAAGGUCAAGAGGAAGGCUGGAGAGAAGAAAAGGUGUGUACUGGAAGCCUAAGAAAGGAAGAUACUACUUGCUCAAGUCAACCAAAAUAAUGAUACACCCAACAGACUUAAAAAGUUAUGAGUGAAUGCUCAGCCUGGUGCAUUUUAAUUCAGAACAUACAGACUGAACGUUACUACAUAUAACAUGAACAUCAAAGAAGUUCAUGUUAUAUUUAUUAACAGAUGCAUGUCUAAAUCCAUACACUGUAUGGUACAUCCUCCAAUACAUAAACCUGGGGCAUUUGUGAUCAUCUUACAGUAUGUUCGGUGAGUAUUUUCAUUCCCUCUAGCCCCAAUGUCAAUGUGCUGUAAUUUUCAUGGAGCUUUUACCUCCCAAGGAUGAAACACUAAUGCCUAGGGACUGCCUAUUUGUAUAUUAGAUAAUAUUGCUUGGGGGAAUGGGUUUUCAGGCUGUUGCAUUCCUUUCUGGGUUGUGUGGCAGGGAAUGCAAAAAGUGUUGCAGCAAAUGAAGGGCUGGCAAGAUGCUACAGAAGACAUUUAGGUAUUAAGCUGUAGGAGAAAAAAAAGAAAUUUUGUUUUGUAAAGUAA